GCGAUCAGGCGCAGCCCCUUCGCCGUGGUCCGACCGAGAGGAGAGCGGUGUAGUCUCGGCGGCGCUGCGGGGACUUCCACCCAGGACACUUCUCCCUCCCCGGGCCUCCCCCUCCUGCCCUCUCGUGUCCUCGCCUCCUAGGCCUCUUUUAUCCGAUACUGUGGGGCGAGGUGAGAGCAGGCCCGGGGAGGGUGAUCACGCCGAGGAGCCGCAGUCUCUAGCAAGAUGAUAGAAGUCCUGACAACAACUGACUCCCAGAAACUGCUACACCAGCUGAAUACCCUGUUGGAACAGGAGGCCAGAUGUCAGCCAAAGGUCUGCGGCUUGAGACUAAUUGAAUCUGCACAUGAUAAUGGCCUUAGAAUGACUGCAAGACUGAGGGACUUUGAAGUGAAAGAUCUUCUUAGUCUAACUCAGUUUUUUGGCUUUGAUACAGAGACAUUUUCUCUAGCUGUGAAUUUACUGGACAGAUUCCUGUCUAAAAUGAAGGUACAGCCCAAGCACCUUGGGUGUGUCGGACUCAGCUGCUUUUAUUUGGCUGUAAAAUCAAUAGAAGAGGAAAGAAAUGUCCCAUUGGCAACUGACUUGAUCCGAAUAAGUCAGUAUCGGUUCACGGUUUCAGAUUUGAUGCGAAUGGAAAAGAUUGUAUUGGAGAAGGUGUGUUGGAAAGUCAAAGCUACCACUGCCUUUCAAUUUCUACAACUCUAUUAUUCUCUCAUUCAGGAGAGCUUGCCAUUUGAAAGGAAAACGAGCCUAAAUUUUGAAAGACUAGAAGCUCAGCUUAAGGCAUGUCACUGCAGGAUCCUAUUUUCUAAAGCAAAGCCUUCUGUGUUGGCCUUAUCCAUCAUUGGAUUGGAGAUCCAAGCACAGAAGUGUGUAGAAUUAACAGGAGUAGAAUGUCUUCAGAAACAUUCCAAGAUAAAUGGCAGAGAUCUGACCUUCUGGCAAGAGCUUGUAUCCAAGUGUUUAAUUGAAUAUUCAUCAAACAAGUGUUCCAAACCAAAUGUUCAGAAGUUGAAGUGGAUUGUUUCUGGGCGUACUGCACGGCAACUGAAGCAUAGUUACUAUAGAAUAACUCACCUUCCAACAAUUCCUGAAACGGUUUCUUAGUUGGUAAUUUUGGUUGCUAUUCUCUGUAUAGAGAAAAUUGUAUAAUUUUCUUCUACAAUUGAAAUAUUGAAAUAUUAUCUUCAAAAUAAACCAGCUGGACUUGGAAUAGCAAAAGGGAAAAACUGGUAUCACCAAUCUAGUCAGCUAAUAUUUGAAGGCAUUUGCUAUAUAUAAGGUACAAUACCCUAAGGGCCGGGCAUGGUGGUGCAUGCCUGUAAUCCUAGCACUUGGGAGGCUGAGGCAGGAGGAUCGUCAUAUGAGUUUCAGGCCAGACUGGGCUACAUAGUGAGUUCAAGUUCAGCCUAAAUUACAUAGCGAGACCCUGUCUCCAAAAAUCUUAAAAAGAAAAAAACCCUUAGGAAUUUUCCAAUCUCUGAUAUAUAUGUUAACCAUUUCGUUAAAUUAGCAGCUUAGAAAACAAUGUCCUCUUUAAUAAUCUGAAUUUUUAAGGUAGUGCUAAAGUAAUGCUUUUUUAAUUGCACAUUUUGCUAAAUGUAGCCCUAAGCUUUAGCUCAUUUAAAAGUUAUAAUAGGACCAAAAGUUUGAUCCAUAUGUGAACUAAUUGGAGACUGUUAGUUUAUAAGCAGAGAAUCAUUAUGAACUUGAAUGUUACACCUAAAGAAAAAGUAAUACAAAGCAGAUGAUUGCUUUUGGGUUUCUGAAAAUUGCCAGUGUGUCUCAACAUACUGCUACUGCAAUUGGAAUAAUAGAAAGUAAUUAUAUUCAUUAAAAACAUAAAUUCAGUCACUGCA